AGCUGUUUGGUUGAAAUUUUUUUCUUGAUUUAAUGUCACUUUUUUUUACUAAUUAAUCUCACAAUCUUGUAAUCAUUAUUAACUAAUUUAGUUAUACUAAUUUAUAUUGUAAAUUCUUAUUGAAUGUUUAUGUGAAUUUGAUUGUAUUAAGAUUCUAAUCAUGUCAAUGCCAACUGCUGAUUGGAAUCCACUUGGUCGUGAUUUUUACCGGCGGGUUGAAUUGUGUUCACUUAAUUGGUCCACCGAAGGAAUUGAUUUAUCUAAAUACAAAGUGUGUGUUGCCCCUUUUUCCGGAUUCAUAGCUUUACAUCCACGAGAAAAGGACAAUGUCGCUGUACGAUUACUUUCUGGUUCCAAUCAGAAUACAAAAUCAAUCGUGUUUAUAUUUACUCCUUUUGGUGAUUUUUUCUCAAGCUUAAAAUUGAAAACCUCUAAUCUAAUUACCAUGGGCUGGUCAAACAAGGAGAGCUUAAUUUGUAUCGCAGACAAUGGUUAUGUUUAUGUUUACGAUUUUUUCGGUGAUCUUCAGAAUAGUUUCCUAAUCCAUGAUGAUCUUAGUAAAUCGGGUGAAACUUUCCAAUGUAAAAUAUUCACUGGUUCCUAUGCUACUGGUGUCGCCGUUUUAACGGAGUCACAAAAAUUUUACGUCAUCAGUAACAUCGAGUCUCAUAUUGUCCGUCAGUACCAUGAAAUGGUGAAAGGCGAGAAACCGCCGACCUGUUGGAAUGUAAUCGCUUGUAAGAAUAGUGAGAUUAAAAUUCUGUUCGCCCGACAAGGACUUUUGUACCAAUUAAGUGUCAACAAAUGUGAACCUUUGGCCUUUCAACGAACUGGAACAUCAGCAAUUUUGGAUAUUACCUUUACCUCGGAUUACAAGAAGGUUGCAAUUUACCUGGAAACUGGAAUCCUUUGGAUUGGAUCAUACGAAACGGGAGUUGUCUCACAAAUCUGUGAAUUUGUCACCAAAUACGAGGAUUCACCUGAAUUUAUGCUAUGGUGCGGAAAUGAGGCCGUUUGUUGCCUAUGGAAAGAGAUUCUACUCCUUGUUGGCCUUGAAAAGGAUUGGUUAAAUUACCUAAUGGAUGGACCUGUUCAAUUGAUUCCGGAAAUUGAUGGAAUCCGGGUGAUCACCAAUGACACCAAUGAGAUAAUACAAAAAGUUCCCGAUCCGUUGGUUCAAGUUUUCAAAAUUGGUUCACUUGCUCCUGGUGCACUUCUAAUGGAGGCCAACAAAGAGUUCGAGAGGCGAGUCCAUAAGGCCAAUGAAUAUAUGAGACUCUUAAGUGAACGAAACGAGAUCAAUUGUGCCGUUAAACAAUGUACUCUUGCCGCUGGUCACGAAUUUCAAGUCAGUUCGGAAAAGAUGUUACUUCGAGCGGCAUCAUUUGGUAAACUAUUCAUUCCCGAUGGUGAUUCUAGUCAAUCGUUUUUAAAUGUUUGCCAAAAUUUACGAAUUUUAAACACAAUCAGAUCAUCGAGUGUUGGACUACUUUUAACUUAUACCCAAUUGGAUUACCUUUCGAUUCCCGUUUUAAUUGAUCGACUCAUUUUACGCAGACAAUAUUUUCUAGCAAUUAAAAUCGCCAAAUACUUGAAGAUGCCCGAUGAUCAAGGGGUUGGCCAUAUAUUGAGAAAUUGGGCUUUUUAUAAGAUUAAACAACGUGAACUUGAUGAUAUCGAAAUUGCUCAAGAUAUUAUUAGAAAAAUUGAUUCACAUUCGAGUGUUUCUUUCGCAGAGAUUGCUGAACAAGCAAUUAAGGAGAAAAGAGAUGAAUUAGCAAUUCUAUUGCUUAAUUGUGAACUUAAAGCGUCGAAACAAGUUCCACUUCUCCUCGAAUUGAAACAAUACGAACAAGCCUGUAAGAAGGCAAGUGAAAGCGGCAAUUCUGAUCUCAUUUACAUGGUCAUCGAUGUACUGACCAAUCAAACGAGGAAAGAGUUACUCCUAAUAAUCAGAAAACACCCAGAGGCUUACGCUUUAUAUAAAAAGCAUUGUCAAGAUGAAGAUCUUCAAAAAUUAUAUGACAUUUACACCCAAGAAUCUGAUUGCAAUUCUCAGGGUUAUAUUAAAGUAAUGGAAGCCUAUCAACAUAAUGGCCUUAGUGAUCGUCGACGUUGUUUACUUGAAGCCCAAGAGUGUUUCCGUCGGGGUAAAAAUGAAUUUAGCACAAUGGCAACUGAAGAGCAAUUGAAAUUAAUGGAAAAUCAAGUUAAAUUAGAAGAGAAAUUUAAACAACCCUUUUUGGGCCUGUCUCUACAAGAGACAAUGUCCAAACUUUUACGCGAUAAAGAGGUCAAAUUAGCCGAAGGGUUAAAAAAAGAUUUCAAAGUUCCCGAUCGUCGAUAUUGGCUCCUUAAGAUCAACAUACUUGCCGAGCAAAAAGAUUGGCUAGAACUUGAGAGAUUCAGUAAAAGUAAAAAAUCACCAAUAGGCUAUGAGCCAUUUGUUACCGUUUGUCUUAAAUAUAAAAACAAAUCCGAAGCUCAAAAAUAUGUCAUCAAAGUGAGAGAGGAAUAUAAAGUUAAUUAUUAUGUUAAAACAGGAUUGUUGGAAGAUGCUGCCAAAAUUGCUUUCAUGGUUAAAGAUGUUGAAGCUCUUGAUUAUGUUCACAAGAAAUGUGGACCUGGAGACAAAUCAUUAAGUGAACGAAUUGUUAACAUGAGGAAACAAUUAACUGGUUAACAAUUUAAAUUGUGCAGACAAAAUUAACAAAUCAAUUGACAAUUUAAACCAUAAGUAUUACUGAUUGUGUAAAUUUAUCAUUAACUGUUAUUUUUGUAUCUUAUUUGGUUCAUUUGUUUGUAUUGUUAAUCAAGAAAUUAUUUUUUCGUAAAUAAGUUUUGAUUAUCAUUUCUAUUAUCAAUUAAAAUUAAUUGUUAUUUAAAUCUAGAAAA